UUUCAGAAGGGCCCCAUGAGACUAUUUGGGCCUCUAGUUACUGGUCUUUCUUCAGUAGUCCGCGCCCGAACCCGAAGUAGCUCCCGCCUCUCCAAGUCGCUGAUCGCACGACGCUCUCUCUGUCGCUGAUCGCACAACCCUCUCUCUGUCGCAGUUCUCAUCCUCUUUCUCCGCAGUCGCCAACUCCACGAUUUUCCUCAGAAUGUUUGACGAUCGAGAUCUGGGCUUCUUUGCAAAUUUUCUGGGGAUCUUUAUAUUUGUAUUGGUAAUAGCAUUUCACUAUGUGAUGGCUGAUCCAAAGUAUGAGGGCAACUAAACCAUCUCCUCCAAUUUUCUUCUCCAUGGAAUGUAUUGGUCGAGGUGAAGACGUUUUUGCAGAUAUUUUAGCAAUUUUAUAAUAAUAACUUUAAGUUAGCACUUUGUCUUUCAAAACAAUGCAAGGAUAUUGUUAAUUCUAAGCUUUUUAUUGCUUAGUUGGUUCU